CGUGAUUUAAAUUGUGGUCGCAGAUCGUCUGAUUCAUGAGAUUGUAAGAGUUUUUUGUGUUUCUCUGUGUUUCGCCGUGUUUGUCAGGGUGUUUUAUCCUCAUUCACAGUAGAACUAACUGAUCCAGUUUUGGAAAAACAUUAAUAACUGUGGUUUUAAGCGUAUGAUAAAUGGAGAUACAUUGGAUGAAGUCAAGGAAAACAAAAUACUUAAGUGGUUGUGAUUUUGAGACCUAGUCCCUCCACACAAUGGAAACAGCAAGCACUCCAUGUAAAGUACAUCAGUGUUCUAAGUGUCCGGGGGACACAGAGUACUAUUGUGUAUCGUGUCCAUGUGAUCUGUGUCCCCAGUGUAAAGAGAACCAUGUAAAAGAUCUCCAAACAAUAGACCAUGAUGUUGUGUCAUACCGUGAUAAAAUCAACUACAUCCCAACACAAGAGAUCUGUGUGAGACAUCCUAGCCAUGUUUAUAUAAAGUACUGUGAACCUUGUCAAGUUCCUGUGUGUAAUUCUUGUUCCGAGGACCAAUCACACAGAUUCAGAAGUUUUCUCUUUGGACAAGGACAGCACGAAAUUCUGGAUAUACAAGUAGCUUAUAAAACAAAGCGACAACAACACAGAGGAACCAUUCACACCAUCAGUGACGCUAUCUUUAACAGACCUGUUCUCCUGCCACGAAUCAAAACUGAUUUCAAAACCUGUCGCACAGAAUUCUCCCGCUAUCAAUCAGAGAUGUUAACAAAGGUCCAGACACUGAAGCAUCUCAUUAACAAAGUGAGAAAAGAUUUCAUGUGUAAUGUGUUCUGUGACUUUGAUUUCAAACACAGAUGUUUAAAACAGAAGAAAGAGAUGAUCAUACAUAUUGUCUGCCUACAGGAAUAUGAACUCAGAUAUGUUCAACCAAAAUUCACAUUCAGUGCACUACAAUUCCUCUCCUCCAUAAAGACAGCCCUCCCCCAGAUACAUCCUACACUCCACACCAGCCAGCUCUCCAUGACUGAGUCACUCAAUAAGGAGGAUGUAAUGGAGUCACUGAGUGCAAUCCAAAUCACAGAGAGAGGAAACCGACGCGUAGGAAACCAGUGUCUGCUGAAACUGACGUAUGCUUCUGAGCUCCAUCAAUCUCUCACAGUGACAGGUGUUGGUCGUUGUUUUCACAUUUCCUGUGUGACAUCAGACCGGGUCUGGGUCAGUGAUGUUAGAAAAAAUCUCAUCUUGACAGACACAACAGGUGUCCCUCCACAUCGUGUGGAGGAUUCAUGUAGUGGUUAUGGAUUACACACAGUGAACAGUGAGGGUGAACUGAUUUAUAUCGAUAGGAAUUAUAACAUCAACAAACUGUCAAAGGAUAUGAAAACAACCACCACAUUUUUAAAGAGAACAGACUUUACAUGGAACCCACGGUGUGUGUACUGGUCCCCGUCCACUGGGGAUCUACUGGUCGGGAUGCGUUAUAGAUAUACAAAGAUUGGCACUAAAGUUACCCGUAUGCGUUAUAUACAUAGACUGAGAGAGACAGGCAAGGUAACCCGGUACAACCAGAGUGGACAACUGACACAAACCAUACAACACAACAACAAAGGAUGGGGACAGAGACCUAGGUAUAUAACAGAGAACAACAAUGGGGAUGUCGUGGUGUCUGACUAUGGUGAAGACUAUGAAGAUGACUAUAGAUUUGGGUCUGGUGAGUUUGAUGAUGACUUUGAUGUUUACAAUAUAUAUAUGUCUGGUGCUGUAGUGGUGACAGAGCGUGGAGGAAGACAUCGUUUCUCCUACACAGGACCUUCAUCAGGAUCAGGACUACGGCCAUGUGGAAUCUGUACUGACGCGCUGUCACACAUCCUGGUGUGUGAUGAUAGAACCGACACAGUACAGAUGUUGGACAAGGACGGUCAGUUCCUGUCAUAUCUACUGACAAAAUCACAAGAGAUGGGUAGACCAUGGGGCCUGAGUUAUGAUGUCAACACUCACCGUCUCUGGGUCGGAUCAGGGGACAACAACAAGGUGUGUGUCUACAGGUAUAUCACCAGACAGGACGCUCUGACAGAUCAAAGUCGUAUGAUGGAGUCACUGAGUGGAAUCCCAACCCCAGGGACAGAAAAACCACAGCAAGGAAACCAGUGUCUGCUGAAACUGAUGUCUCCCCCCGAGUUACUUCACUCUCUCACAGUGACAGGUGUUGAUCAUUGUUAUCACAUUUCCUGUGUGACAUCAGACCGGGUCUGGGUCAGUGAAAUAGAAAACAAUCUCAUCUUGACAGACACAACAGGUGUCCCUCUACAUCGUGUGGAGGAUUCAUGGAGUGGUUUAUAUAAUGGAGGAUUACACACAGUGAACCGUGAGAGUGAACUGAUUUAUAUAGAUAGGAAUUAUAACAUCAACAAACUGUCAAAGGGCAUGAAAACAACCACCACAUUUUUAAAGAGAACAGACUCUACAUGGAAACCACAAUGUGUGUACUGGUCCCCGUCCACUGGGGAUCUACUGGUCGGGAUGUGUUAUAGACAUACAGACACAGGCAAGGUAACCCGGUACAACCAGAGUGGACAACUGACACAAACCAUACAACACGACAACACAGGACGAGGACUGUAUAGUAUACCUCGCUAUAUAACAGAGAACAACAAUGGGGAUGUCGUGGUGUCUGACUGGUUGAGUGGUGUAGUGGUGACAGAGCGUGGAGGAAAACAUCGUUACUCCUACACAGGACCUCCAUCAGGAUCAGUACUACAGCCAUGUGGAAUCUGUACUGACGCGCUGUCACACAUCCUGGUGUGUGAUAGUAAAACCAACACAGUACAGAUGUUGGACAAGGACGGUCAGUUCCUGUCACAUCUACUGACAAAAUCACAAGAGAUGGGUGUACCUUGGAGCCUGAGUUAUGAUGUCAACACUCACCGUCUCUGGGUCGGAUCAUACAACAACAAGGUGUGUGUCUACAGGUGUAUCACCAGACAGGACGCUCUGACAGAUCAAAGUCGUGUGAUGGAGUCACUGAGUGGAAUCCCAACCCCAGGGACAGAAAAACCACAGCAAGGAAACCAGUGUCUGCUGAAACUGAUGUCUCCCCCCGAGUUACUUCACUCUCUCACAGUGACAGGUGUUGAUUGUUGUCAUCACAUUUCCUGUGUGACAUCAGACCGGGUCUGGGUCAGUGAUAGAGACAAUCUCAUGUUGACAGACACAACAGGUGUCCCUCUACAUCGUGUGGAGGAUUCAUGUAGUGAUUUAUAUAUAGGAUUACACACAGUGAACAGUGAGAGUGAACUGAUUUAUAUAGAUAGGAAUGAUAACAUCAACAAACUGUCAAAGGAUAUGAAAACAACCACCACAUUUAUAGAGAGAACAGACUCUACAUGGAGACCACAGUGUGUGUACUGGUCCCCGUCCACUGGGGGUCUACUGGUCGGGAUGUUUUAUAUAUAUAUACAAACAGGCAAGGUAACCCGGUACAACCAGAGCGGACAACUCACACAAACCAUACAACAUGACAACACAGGACGGGGACUGUAUAGUAGACCUUGCUAUAUAACAGAGAACAACAAUGGGGAUGUCGUGGUGUCUGACUAUGAUGAUGGCUAUGAGUCUGGUGCUGUAGUGGUAGCAGAGCGUGGAGGAAGACAUCGUUUCUCCUACACAGGACAUCCAUUAGGAUCAGGACAAGAUCCAUGUGGAAUAUGUACUGACGCGCUGUCACACAUCCUGGUGUGUGAUGAUAGAACCAAAACAGUACAGAUGUUGGAUAAGGACGGUCAGUUCCUGUCACAUCUACUGACAGAAUCACAAGAGAUGGGUGUACCAUGCAGCCUGAGUUAUGAUGUCAGCACUCACCGUCUCUGGGUCGGAUCAUGGGACAACAACAAGGUGUGUGUCUACAGGUAUAUCACCAGACAGGACGCUCUGACAGAUGAACACAGACCACGUCCUGAUGAGGAGGCCAUGUUCAGCUCAACAUCAGCCGUAGAAUGGAGAUAGCUUGGAUAUUGACAUUGUAAAUGUUUCUGUACAAAUCUAGUCUGCUCUCCAAACCACACAUGUUGUUUGUCACUUUGUUCAACAUCUGCAGCUGAAAUUGACUUGUUUAUAAUUUCCAUGGACUGUAAUACUGACUCCUGUUAAUUUCACACUUUGUGAUCAUCCUUGGAAACAUGGCUGACUGUUGCUGUAUGUAAAUUUAAUGUUAUGUAACGGACUGCUGAUAUAAAUUUAAUAAUGAAUAAUUACUAUAAGUGUUUAGAUUUAUACUAUCUAAGACUUACUAGUGAUCCGAAUACUGAGUGAGAUCGUAGACUCCAAGCCGAGAAUGCGCAGAAACUCGAGAAGGUGGCCCUGGGCAACCUACAACAGGAACUCGACCUCGAGAGGAAGAAUCUCAGAUCCACUAAGUCUGGUUACAAGGCUCGACUCGAGCAACUCAGCACAGGAGUGGAACACGAGGAUGCCAAAUAGAGCGACCUUCAGGGCUAUAGAGAUGGUGAGAACUGUCAACCACAAACUCAGAGAAAGUCUGGACAGUGAGCGUUACUCACUCCUUGAGAGUGCAGAUCAGAAAACUCCAAUUUUUGAGAACAUGCAACUUGAGUUAGAAUCAGAACGUGCCAAAGUUAAAGAUCUCAAAAACUCAGUGGAGCGAGAAAAGCAAAGGCUUCAAUCUCAGGUGACUGCUCUCGAGUCUCAGACGAGUGUACUCAAAGACGAGCUUGAACAGGAAAGGUUGGCUUGCCACCAGAUGAAGAAUGAGAUAGACCAGAUACAGAUUCAGAAACUAGACAUCACUCGACAUUACAAACACGAACGUGACCAAGUCUCGCGGCUCUGAGGUCAGAGGUCAAAUCCCUGAAGCUCCAUAAACAAGAAGGAGAGAAUUCACGACAUGGAGGAAGUGACAGAGCGCCGGUCACAGAGACAGCUGGAGAGGGAGAGGGAAGACCAGAAAAUGAAGAUGCUACCUAUCUCAGCAAGUUCAAAACCUAGAGAGUUCAGAGACUCGAGAAUGUGACAUGGAAGCCACUCAGGAACUACAGCUAGAGAAACUACACUCAACUCACCAGCGAGUCGACUCAAAGAGCAGUGAGGAGGAUCCAGUUCACUGGAACGUUUAAAGGUCACAGCUCGAGAGUUUAAAGCACCUUUUAGGCCUACGGUAUUGAUAAUGGAAUCAUUGGCUAGGAGAAUUAUUACUUUGGUGGAUUUGUCACACUAAUUUCAAUGGAACUAUUUUUUAGAUGCGCAUGAUGCAACUUCCUGGAUGGUGCUGAGUCUGCUUGUCAACAUGUGAAACCCACGUGUAUUUGGGGGAGUUGUAUCCCUUGUUAAAGAUCAACAAUGGCGGAUAAACAAUGUGGGAUGCUGUCUUAUCACCAACGGUGAAAUUUGACACCUGUAUAGCCGUACUUCUACCAAUCGCCUCUGUCCUCUUUGUUGUGUACACCAGACAGAUGAUGGACCACACUACUUCCUUUUACAACAGGUGCCCCUACAGAUUCACAAAGUUCCAAUGUUGAAUUUCCAUGACACCGAUUGAAUGGUCCGCGACAGGAGAAGGAAUGAAGUUGGCAGGACUUUCUGCACUGUCCUUUGGUAGCAGCUGAUGAUGGAACCGACAGCAGUUGACAUGACCCGUUUCAUUAAAGAUGCACCGGAAGUAGCAGCACUAUCUCCAUCACUGGUGAAAUGGGAAAUGACGAGUGGACCGUCAUCACUUUGCAGCUCACCGAUGCAUUCUGUAGCCCAUCUCUUUUCAUCUCUAAUGGUGGUCUCUGGAGGAAUGAUUGCAGUGAAGUCUUCAUGUCCUGGAUAGGUCUGAUGAAUGUAAGUGGCUGAUGCUGGUUCGAUGUUUGCGCCAAGAAGCAUACCACGCAUAUCCUCUGUUGUAAGGAUGGUACCCAAGUGGCCGACAGCCAUGGACAGAUCAAGCUGUGUGGCUCUUUAUCCCCUUUCUGAUCUAAUGACUUCCUUGUACAGCUGUUCACAGUGACUGGUGUAAUGGCACUUCUUACAUCGAAUGGAAAGGAUCCUUGCCAGGCCUCGCUUUUCCUCCCCUUGCUGGUUCCAGUCCAGUGAACCAUCACAGUCCGGGAAUUUCUAGCUGCCAUGUCUUCUAAGAGGAACCCCAUCUUUGAUGACUGAUGGAAAAGCCGCAUCACUCCCAAUGCUUAAGAACCUCUUAUCUUAAUCACUGGGCAUUAUUCAGUGACCACUGUUAUCAAAGCUCCAAGAGUUGAAGUUAGUGUCCAGAUUCUGGAGAAAUCUCUCAAGGACCUACUGAGUGAACUCAAACAAACUCAGAUGCCACUCCCUUCGAGUUGGACACAGUGGACAGUCUGACCCAGCGCUCAGGCCGUGAACCAGCGAGUGUUACAUCACAACUCAGAGCUGACCAACUUUGUGUCUGGAAUUACGGAAGAGAAGAUGGAGCUACACAACACACUGGGGCAUCUAGAGGAAGAGAUCUGGAGAUACAGGCAGAUAGGCGCCGAACAGCAGAAUAGCCUCAUGGGCCAAAGAGAGGCUGUCACUACAGCUGGCCCUUAAUCAAAUGGAACAGGAGCUGGACCAAUGUUGGGCCAACCUCAGAGCAGAUCGAGACCGAAGAUCCAGCGUCUGUACGGGAAGUACCUGCGGGCGGACAGUUACAGGAAGGCCCUAGUCUACCACUAGAAGUACCUGCUCUUGUUACUGGGGGGAUUCCAGGACUGUGAGCAGACCACCUUGGCUCUGAUUGCCAGGAUAUGGGUCUACCCCUACCCUGAGGACCUGCAGCGAGGGACCAGGCUCAGCGACAGGUCGCCGCAUUAAGAAGUGCUGGGUGGUGGUGGCUGUAACUUGGAUGCAGUUCUUGGUCAGGAAGUGGAAGUGGGAUCCGCUGUGAUGGGGUACAGUCGACCUCCAACAAGGUUACGCACCCAACUCUAACAGUUUCUCAUCACUCCGCAUCGACACCCAGUCACACUUGAAGGCUCAGGACCCUUCAACAGUCACGCUUCAUCGCCCCUCCCUUUAAGUGUUCAUCAGUCUCCAUACAGUCCGUCCUAUUUGUCUUCCAGCUUUACUCAGAGACACCUCCAUAAUGGACCUUCUCCAUAUCACUUACUAGCGGGAGCCUCUAGUGGCUACCAUGUCAACAGCAAUGGAGUAACCAAUGGAAUCUCUUCUUAUCAGUCAGUGGGAGGGGUUUUGAUAGUUACUAUGUCAGCGGCAAUAUCUCUGUCCAUACCACACCGACCAGGUGGGACUACAGCAGCAAACUUCACCCACUUCUGAAAACUCGGGUGCUAGAAGGAAAAUCCUCUCCCCUUCUUCUCCCAGCCCUACAAAAGUUGGUCACUCAUCUGUAAUACAUCGAGUCAGGAUCAGAAAGGCCUCGUCCCAUGAUUACUAAAUAUCUCUACUCGAAAAUCUGCAUCAGAGACUUAGCGGGAUGUAUUCUGUUUUCAGGUAUUCCAAAUCAAGGUUAUUUCCACGGAGAUAGGCGUGAGGUCCAGAGAACCUUGUUAUAACUUUGUCUUCACUGUGUCCUUGUCCGACCUUGACCUUCAUUGGCUCCAUACUCUCUGAUGUUGGACAAUAACAUUCUUUUUACCUGCAAUAAUCAUAAGUCCUGCCAUUUCAGGAACCAAAAUAAGGAAUGUAAUUCAUUGUAAAGUCCAGUUACUAUUCAUUAUGCAAAGACUAUAGCAAUAUUUUAUGAUACUAAUGUCAGAGUUUUAUUUGGAGAAAUGUAGACAUAGAAUUGUUAUGUUUUUAUGGUGUAUGAUAUUUGUUUCAUAUUCUAUGAGAUCAUUGCUGUAUAAAACUAGUCCUUACUGUUUGUGAUUAAACAUAAAUAGCUGCUUGUCUCUACCAUGUAAAUCUAUCACCCCCUCCACCCCCCUUCCCCCCCAGUAUAAUCUGACUACCUGCCAUGCAGAGGAAUUCAUUGUUUAUAUCAAUAGUACAACAGUUCUGCCCUUUUAUCAGUAUUUUUUCUAGUUUUAUCUGUAUAACCUAUUGCCUUGAACCUGUUUUACGUGUAUCUUGUCAUUGAUGUAAGAUUGACCAUACUGCCAUUUUUUGAUUCUCAUAAUUUGACCCAACACUCCCAACUAUUCCCCUUAAGUAUGAAUAUAUAGGUACAUGUAUCUUGAAAAACUAUACGGUUCCUUUAAGUUUAAAUUGGUCUAUCAUGUCAUAUGUUAUAAUCUUUGAUGAAAUCUCAUCACAUCUAUUUAUAAUGUCAAUACAAGGGAGUUUAUCCAUGCCUGUCAAAUAUUUCUCACUAGAUAUAAUGGCAUUAUUAGAACCCCCUUUGGUUUAUUUAUUAUCAAUUAUAUUACUCGUAAAUAGGAUCAAAUAUUGUUUUAUGAUAUGUGGAUUAAAUGUUUUGUCAUGUAUUGUAUAUGUUUGGAUGCUGAAUUGAAAGUAAAAUAUUUAAUUUAC